CUUCCCUUGCCCAACGCAACGCCAAACACCCAUCCUCUCUCUAUCUCUGUACCCUUCUCCCCUAUCACUCAUUCUAAUAACUUGGCAGGGCAGAAGUCGUGUGCGAGACUUGUCAGAGGAGGAGAAGCAGGAGGCGGCUGAAGGCAUUAACGUCGCCGGUCUUGAAGUGGACAUGAAAUUCAUCACAACUUAUUCUGGACCAUUAUAUCAAAUUAUUUAAAAUAUAGUCAAACAAAAAAACAAAUGUUGCCUUGGCCACUAAAAGGUGUUAGAUACAGAAACUAUCUGAAACUUUGAGUUGAUGGUUACCGGUGUGCAUGAGAAUUGAGGCAAGUUUUCCAUUUGAUUCUGGCGAGCCAAACAUAGGUCCAAAUGUUAGCUCUGUUACGUUUACCAAUUACCAUGAUGCAUCUUAGCAACAGAGCUGGAUUACCUCUCAAUGGUUUCUCUCAGGCUCUUCUUCCCAUGCUGUGCAGUCUCAAGUUUCUAUACCACUCCAUGAACUACACGGUGACGCCUAGAAUCACAUCGCCUGAUAGAGAUUUUAGUGCCAGUUUUAAUGUGGCACAAUCCAACUGGCUAAUUACCAGGCUUAGCAAAGAUGGGAAAUUUAGAGAAGCACGCCAAGUGUUUGAUGGAAUGCCUGACAAAGACGUUGUCACAUGGACAACAGUGAUCACGGGUUAUAUCAGAUGUGGGAUGAUGGAGGAGGCUAGGAGGCUGUUUGACAGAGUGGAUGCUAAGAAGGAUGUGAUCACUUGGACUGCGUUGGUCAGUGGGUAUAUAAGGCUGAAACAAAUGAAGGAGGCAGAGAGGUUGUUUUAUCAGAUGCCGGUGAAGAAUGUGGUUUCUUGGAACACCAUGAUUGAUGGGUAUGCACGGAAUUGUCAGGUUGAUAUGGCUUUGGAGUUGUUUGAGAGGAUGCCAGAGAAGAAUGUGGUAUCUUGGAAUACAGUUUUAACGGCUUUGGCACACUGUGGCAGAAUUGAAGAGGCAAGGACGCGUUUUAAUUUGAUGCCGGAAAGGGAUGUUAUUUCAUGGACAGCAAUGGUUGCGGGAUUUUCAAGAAAUGGCAUGAUUGAUGAAGCUCGAGAAUUUUUUGAUAGGAUGCCUAAAAGGAAUGUGGUCUCGUGGAAUGCAAUGAUUACAGGCUACACCCAGAAUAUGAGAUUGGAUGAGGCUCUUGAAUUGUUUGAGAGGAUGCCGGGGAGGGACAUGCCAUCAUGGAAUACAAUGAUUACUGGUUUCAUUCAGAAUGGGGAUUUAAAGCGGGCGCAGGAAUUGUUUAUUCGAAUGCCGCAAAAGAAUGUCAUCUCUUGGACUACGAUGAUCACAGGGUAUGUACAAGAUGGGCAAAAUGAAAAGGCAUUGAUGUUUUUUUCAAAAAUGCUGGUGGAUAAUGGGGUGAAACCGAAUCAGGGAACUUUUGUGAGUGUUCUAAGUGCUUGUAGUAACUUAGCUGGUUUCAGUGAGGGACAACAAAUACAUCAGAUGAUAAGUAAAACAGUCCAUCAUGAAUGUGCAUUCUUGGUAUCAGCACUCAUAAACAUGUAUUCAAAAUGUGGGGAGUUAGUCACUGCUAGGAAGAUGUUUGACGAUGGAUUGACAAUCCAUAGGGAUAUGGUCUCCUGGAAUGGUAUGAUCGCAGCCUAUGCACAUCAUGGAUGUGGUAUUGAGGCAAUUAACUUGUUUAAUGAAAUGCGGAAAUUAGGGUGCAAACCUGACGAUGUUACUUAUGUGGGGCUGCUUUCUGCAUGCAGCCAUGCUGGUUUGGUGGAGGAGGGGCUAAAGUAUUUUAAUGAGCUUCUUAGAGAUGGGUCAAUACAAGUGAGAGAAGAUCAUUACACAUGCUUGGUUGAUCUCUGUGGUCGGGCAGGGAGGCUCAAAGAAGCUUUUAAUGUCCUUGAGAAGCUGGGGACUAAGAUAUCAGCAUCUGUUUGGGGGGCUCUUCUUGCUGGAUGUAAUGUUCAUGGCAACAUGGAUAUUGGGAAGCUGGCUGCAGAGAAGCUUUUAGAGGAGGAGCCAGAGAAAGCAGGCACUUACUUGCUGUUGUGUAACAUAUAUGCUUCAUCUGGGAAAUGGAGAGAAGCUGCAAAGAUAAGGAUGAAAAUGAAAGAGAAAGGGUUGAAGAAGCAGCCUGGUUGCAGUUGGAUAGAAGUUGGAAAUAAGGUGCAUGUGUUUGUGGUUGGUGAUAAGUCUCAUUAUCAGUCUGAACUUAUAUAUUCUUUAAUUUACAAUCUACAUGAAAGAAUGAAGAAGAUUGGUUAUAUACCUUAUGAUGAUCUGACAGUAGAUGAUGAUUUUUCAUGAACAUAGAUUAUCGAUUAGCAGAUAGUUCAAAAGGCACUAUUAGAAAAGUGAUUAAUUAUCCACGACGAGUUCGCUCGCAUCUCUCUCUUUCGUUGGCAUCUCCUCUCACUCUCUCAGACCCAUCAAAUUCUCCAAGAGUUUGUGCAGACAUUGAGUUUUUCCACCCAAAAAUCCCUGAUGCAAUCAAAAUUACUUAUGCUUUUGAAUUGUAUGAUUUGGGGCGCACUGGUUACAUCGAGUGAAGGGAGGUAAGUCCCAGUGGUUUCUAUUUUGUUUCGGAAUGCUCAUUGAGUUAAAGAUCUUGAGGCAUA